AUGAGGGAGAAACGUUGGGUGGGCUCGGAGUUAACCCUAGAACAAACAGUAGAUGCUGCUAGGUGUCAGCAAUUGGCUCAGACACAAAGAAUUUUUCAAACAGCGCAAGCACUCCAAGUGAGAAUGCAUUGCACCCAUUCCCCCACCAUACAGUUUGAAGGCAGCAUAAUACCAAACGUGCAUAGAAAUACAGUAACAAUACACAAUCCAGUAAUGCCGCUUCAGCACAUUUCCAAGAAUGCAGCUAUUGUGAAAACAAGUCUCAUACCGCUCAAUAUCUCUGUCCUGCAAAAGGAACGGAGUGCAAAGUAUGUGGGAAGUCAAAUCACUGUGCAAAAGCCUGUCGUUCCAGCCGUGAGUAGAGGGUCCAUGCAAUAAGUUAGGAAAGCACUGCUUGUGCUGCAGCCUGUCCCUAUUCCGACGAGGUCCAACCACACUUUAGGGCACUUGGAGAGCAGCAAACUCAGACUGACACGAAGUAAGCUGAAUAAGUACUUCGAUUUAUAUAAGCUUGCUAACAGAAAGUUCGAGACUUUAAGAGGUGUGCAUAAUUAAGCAAUAAGGGGUGUACGUCAUUCAGAAACAGGUUGAGACAGAACACAAAAUAAUUGUAGAAGAAACACUAGCAUACCACCAGACCAUAACCCAUUCGCAGCAACGCUGGAAGGCUAAACGACCACUCAAAGCACUUCCUAAAAAUGAUCAAUUAGCAACCGUGCUAACGAACAAUGUAAACACCAUGUCGGGUUUUUACUUUCUUUCCCUUAACGUCUGAAUUUCUGUAAGGUGGUCUUGGCAAACAUUACGUUUUAAGAAAUAGACUAUUUUCAAAACCUAAAUAAAAUAUGCGUGUGCUGGCUUAUCGGUAUUGUGAAAGCCAUCUUGGCUAUUUGUCUGGCACAAGCACAAAAACAUAAUCACAGCCAUAGUAAAAAUGUAAAAAUCAAUGAAAUGAUCCCCAAAAUGCAGUUAGUUUUGAUUUCAGUGAAGCCCAAAGCCAGUAGAAAAGGUUUUCCAUAGAGUCUAGUUUACUGAAAUCUCCUGGUUUUACUUAUUUUGAAUCUUUUAAAGUGAGUAAGGGUCCAGUGAAUAGAAACCUCCUCCUUAGAAACUUAUUAUAAGGUUAUGUAUAGAUGGUAUUUAGUUCCUAGCAAGCUAUCUCAGAUGUAUCCUGGAGUUACCUCUAGAUGUUGGAGAUGUGAUAAAGAGGAGGGAUCAUUCCUCCACAUUUGGUGGAGUUGUUCAAACAUUCAGAUCUCUAUUAAGAGACUGAUAGGAUUUAUUAGAGAUAAUACUGGAAUAGAAUUAGAAAAGAAACCAGAGGUAGUCUUGUUACACAUGCAUUGGCCAAAUAUGUCAUAUAUAAAUAGUUGUUUUAUAAUUCACUGUCUUAUUGCAUUUAAAAUUGUUCUUGCACGGAACUGGAAAUCUAAUCAAGUAGUUUAUUGGGAUGCCAUUAAAGAUCAAAUCAUCCUUCAGAUGAGGAUGGAAAGAGACCUAAGUAUACCGUAUUUGAAUUCCCCAAAAAGAAGGGAUCUAUGGCAAAGAUGGGUUAAUAAAAUAGAACCUACUAUAUAAAUUAAACAGAUACCUAUUAGAUCAGGUAAUGUCUGAAGAGUAAGAGUCCUGAGCUAAGACAUAUUCCUAUACUAGCCCGAUCCCGCAGAUAAUAGUGUAAUUUGUUUGUCUAUUGUGAAUGUUUUGAUUGUGUAAAGAUGUCACGUGACUUGUGGUGUUGUGCUGAUAUUUGUAUUUAUGUAAGAAAUUGAAUAAAAGAAUUUAUAUGAAAAAAAAAAAAAGAAACCUCCUCCUGUAUGAAGACAGAUUCACCUGGCUGUAGGGAAGUAGGGUUGGCCGACCAAUUUACAAUGGUAACAUGUGGAUCCUUGACGUUAGUUCUGUAACUUUUACCGCUGUGUAAGGGUAGCUGCGCUGAUGAUGGACUUUAUUAAUGGAUUGAUGAAGUGCAGUAGGUCCCUUAUCGAUGGCUGGGAAAAACGAAAUGGUUUCAUUAAUAACAUCAUAUUGCAUUCUCAUCUCUGAUACACCCACAAUAGACUUUGUAUAGACCUUGUUACAUUCUAAUGCUUACUGGAAAGGAGGGUUAUGGGGGAGUAAACUUCUGUGCUUGGUAGAUUCUUUAAAGGGACACUACAGUCACCAGAACUACAGCUUAAAGGGACACUAUAGUCACUAGAGCAACUACAGCUUAAUGGGACACUAUAGUCACCAGAACUACUACAACUUAAAGGGACACUAUAGUCACCAGUACUACUACAGCUUAAAGGGACAGUAUAGUCACCAGAACUACUACAGCUGAAAGGGACACUAUAGUCACCAGAACUACUACAGCUUAAAGGGACACUAUAGUCACCAAAACAACUACAGCUUAAUGGGACACUACAGUCACCAGUACUGUGGCGAAACCAACCUCGCCACUAUGCACUGGAGAAGCCUGGUUGCCAGCCUCCUGCCAUCUGACUAUGGCCCCCCUUGUGAAUUCGUACUUGUGUAUGCAAUAUUUGGGCAUGUGACAUUUUUAUAUUGCUGCUACUGGCCCUUUAAGGGCCAUCCGUGGACAUAUUCUGCCUGUUAGGAAUAAUGCCUUUUUAAGACUGUGUAGCAAAUUGCAUUCAGGCUGUAUUUAAUAUUAUAUGUGCGGUAAACAGUGUUAUGUGUAUGCAGCAUUCGUCUGAUUGUUCGGCAGAAUUACUCCAUUCAUUAUAUGGGGUGAAACUACCGAACAACCAGACCACCCUGGAGUAAGUGUGCCUCCAAUUACCGUUUGCAACAAUGUUGCAAACGGGUAAUUGGCAAUAUGUGUAAUGUGUGUUGUGUCCUCUGGGUGGCCGCCAUUCGGGAAACGAACACGUGGCGGCGGCCAUCUUAAACUCCCGAACAGCGGUGUUUUGCCGUCGAGUGUCUGGAACUAAAAUCGGACACUCGACUAAGCAAACACCGCUGAGACCUCCAGACUUCCAGCAAUUCGUGCAGAAACUACCGAACGGCCCGCCGUUCGGUAGAAAGGAUCCCACGAACAGGGGGAUUCAUACGAAUCCUCCCCAAGCUCUGUAACACAGGCAAUUCGUGUGUUUGAUUCCCUUUUCUGUGACCGACUGCAGGGCCAAAAUACAUGGAACUAUUUUCGGAUACUUUUGCCAUGCAGUCGGUCAAAACUUUAACCCUUUAUAAUUCCUGAACCCCUGGUCCGAUCUGGGUGAUUUUUGGAUAUGUGUCUCACCCAGAUCAGGGCUACCAGGGGAUGUAACAUUUAAAGGGGUAUUCCUAUGUUUAGGGGUACAUCCAGUAUCCCAGGGAAUUUGUGUCUGUACUAAUGGGAUUAUGUGUCACACUAAGGGGAGGAGAUGUGUGGGAGGUAACUGGUACAUUAUUGGCUGAGGUACUAAUUGUUGUGGAUCCCUCCCUUGCAUGGGAGAAUGUCUUAAAAGGAGGCUGUGUGAAUAAAUCGAUUAGAUUCUGCUUAACCCUCAAAACGAAGUGUCGUCUCGUUAUUGGGGGAAUUGGAUUGUGUGCUGACUGCCAGGAGUGUAAGCCGUUCGUAUUGCUUUUCCUGUUCGGCUGCUUCCAGAGUUCGUGUAUUUCUUGUUCGUGAGUUGGGGAUUCGUACAGUUUGGAGUUCGGGAGGUUGGUGAUUGCAAUAGCUGCUGGUCUAUGGGAAAGGGGAUUAUCGCCUAAACGGAUUUUAUCCCCUUUGAGAGAAACGGUCCGUUACAAUUGGUGGCAAGCGGCGGGAUCGUUCCUACAACCAGAAAGACAGCUACAGGGCAACACCAUUCCUUGGAUUACAAAGUGAGGGCAACGCCAGUACCCGUACAGCGACCCUAUCUACAAAAGAACUAACUUCAGCAGCGCAAGCAUGGCACCCAGCUACACUCAGGAGCAGUAUGACAGAGAGUUUACCAUGCGGCUGGCUUUCUUUGGACCCAACCCCCCGGAGAAAUACGUGCAGUUCGUAAGGAGCCAGGUAGACGAGUACCUGGAGUUCAUGGCAGAUCCAGCCAAAGGUAUCAGCCGCCGUAUCCGGAGGCAGAGUGCGUUACGGGGACUCAUAGGUGUACCCCAGGGAGCAGAAGGUGCCGUCCUUCCUCCCCAGCGGCAGUGUGUAUCCCAGGGAGCUAAAGGUGCCGUCCUUCCUCCCCAGCGGCAGUGUGUACCCCAGGGAGCAGAAGGUGCAGUCCUUCCUCCCCAGCGGCAGUGUGUACCCCAGGGAGCAGAAGGUGCCGUCCUUCCUCCCCAGCGGCAGUGUGUAUCCCAGGGAGCUGAAGGUGCCGUCCUUCCUCCCCAGCGGCAGUGUGUACCCCAGGGAGCAGAAGGUGCCGUACUUCUUCCCCAGCGGCAGUGUGUACCCAGGAGCAGAAGGUGCCGUCCUUCCUCCCCAGCGGCAGUGUGUGUCCCAGGGAGCAGAAGGUGCCGUCCUUCCUCCCCAGCAGGUGUCCCAGUGUGUACCCCAGGGAGCAGAAGGUGCCGUCCUUCCUCCCCAGCGGCAGUGUGUGUCCCAGGGAGCAGAAGGUGCCAUCCUUCCUCCCCAGCGGCAGUGUGCUGCUCCCAGACUGAGGUGCAGUCCCUUCCUCCCCAGCUGACGUGAUGUGUCCUGGAAGGAACCGGUGGUCACCGGCUCCCAGCAACAGGACAAUAUAUUAGGUGGUCCCCUCUCCAACAGCAGAGAGUGUUCAGGGAGAGACAGUUAUCACCUCUCCCCAGCAACAGGACGAAUUAUUGAAAGGGGAGACAGUCGGUCUCCCCCUUCAACAGCAGAGAGUGUGUCAGAGAGAGGAGCUGGUUAUCCCCUCUCCCCAGCGGCUGAAAGUAUGUAUGGGAGAGGAGCUUGUUACACCCUCUCCCCAGCGGCAGCUUAGCCCACCAAGGGGAGACAGUAAUCUCCACAACAGUGCAGAUGGGACAGUAGUCGCUGCACAUGCACCACCGGGGGUAGGGAAAGUCGGUCCUGUCACCCAGCAGCAGGACUGUUUAGGCAAAGGGGAGACAGUCUGUCUUCUCCUCCAGCAACCAGGCUCCAACCAGACUGCUCCCAUGGUAGUGCUGGCACCAGGACAGAGUACCGCUGGUCUCUGCCCACUCAGCAACACACCCAGUGCGCUGACCAGUCACCCACACAGCCAUGGUGAGGCACCUGGACACGGACAAAGUUCUCCGCUACCCAGGUGUAGUAGCCAGUUAUUGUGGGUGGGCUGUAUUACUGAUUGUGUUUUGUGGGUGGGCUGCUGGACUAACAAGGGCACUGACCGUCAGGAGGUCAGAUACCCUGUUAGUCUGAUUGGUAAAGGGGAGAAGUGUGGCGAAACCAACCUCGCCACUAUGCACUGGAGAAGCCUGGUUGCCAGCCUCCUGCCAUCUGACUAUGGCCCCCCUUGUGAAUUCGUACUUGUGUAUGCAAUAUUUGGGCAUGUGACAUUUUUAUAUUGCUGCUACUGGCCCUUUAAGGGCCAUCCGUGGACAUAUUCUGCCUGUUAGGAAUAAUGCCUUUUUAAGACUGUGUAGCAAAUUGCAUUCAGGCUGUAUUUAAUAUUAUAUGUGCGGUAAACAGUGUUAUGUGUAUGCAGCAUUCGUCUGAUUGUUCGGCAGAAUUACUCCAUUCAUUAUAUGGGGUGAAACUACCGAACAACCAGACCACCCUGGAGUAAGUGUGCCUCCAAUUACCGUUUGCAACAAUGUUGCAAACGGGUAAUUGGCAAUAUGUGUAAUGUGUGUUGUGUCCUCUGGGUGGCCGCCAUUCGGGAAACGAACACGUGGCGGCGGCCAUCUUAAACUCCCGAACAGCGGUGUUUUGCCGUCGAGUGUCUGGAACUAAAAUCGGACACUCGACUAAGCAAACACCGCUGAGACCUCCAGACUUCCAGCAAUUCGUGCAGAAACUACCGAACGGCCCGCCGUUCGGUAGAAAGGAUCCCACGAACAGGGGGAUUCAUACAAAUCCUCCCCAAGCUCUGUAACACAGGCAAUUCGUGUGUUUGAUUCCCUUUUCUGUGACCGACUGCAGGGCCAAAAUACAUGGAACUAUUUUCGGAUACUUUUGCCAUGCAGUCGGUCAAAACUUUAACCCUUUAUAAUUCCUGAACCCCUGGUCCGAUCUGGGUGAUUUUUGGAUAUGUGUCUCACCCAGAUCAGGGCUACCAGGGGAUGUAACAUUUAAAGGGGUAUUCCUAUGUUUAGGGGUACAUCCAGUAUCCCAGGGAAUUUGUGUCUGUACUAAUGGGAUUAUGUGUCACACUAAGGGGAGGAGAUGUGUGGGAGGUAACUGGUACAUUAUUGGCUGAGGUACUAAUUGUUGUGGAUCCCUCCCUUGCAUGGGAGAAUGUCUUAAAAGGAGGCUGUGUGAAUAAAUCGAUUAGAUUCUGCUUAACCCUCAAAACGAAGUGUCGUCUUGUUAUUGGGGGAAUUGGAUUGUGUGCUGACUGCCAGGAGUGUAAGCCGUUCGUAUGGCUUUUCCUGUUCGGCUGCUUCCAGAGUUCGUGUAUUUCUUGUUCGUGAGUUGGGGAUUCGUACAGUUUGGAGUUCGGGAGGUUGGUGAUUGCAAUAGCUGCUGGUCUAUGGGAAAGGGGAUUAUCGCCUAAACGGAUUUUAUCCCCGUUUGAGAGAAACGGUCCGCUACAAGUACUACUACAGCUUAAAGGGACACUACAGUCACCAGUACUACUACAGCUUAAAGGGACACUACUGUCACUAGUACUACAGUUUAAAGGGACACUAUAGUCACCAGAACUACAGCUUAAUGGGACACUAUAGUCACCAGAACUACUACAGCUUAAAGGGACACUAUAGUCACCAAAACAACUACAGCUUAAUGGGACACUACAGUCACCAGUACUACUACAGCUUAAAGGGACACUACUGUCACUAGUACUACAGUUUAAAGGGACACUAUAGUCACCAGAACUACAGCUGAAAGGGACACUAUAGUCACCAGAACUACCUCAGCUUAAAGGGACACUAUAGUCACCAAAACAACUACAGCUUAAUGGGACACUACAGUCACCAGUACUACUACAGCUUAAAGGGACACUACAGUCACCAGUACUACUACAGCUUAAAGGGACACUACAGUCACUAGUACUACAGUUUAAAGGGACACUAUAGUCACCAGAACUACAGCUUAAUGGGACACUACAGUCACCAGUACUACUACAGCUUAAAGGGACAGUAUAGUCACCAGAACUACAGCUUAAUGGGACACUACAGUCACCAGAACUACAGCUUAAAGGGACACUAUAGACACCAGAACUACAGCUUAAAGGGACACUAUAGUCACCAGAACUAUAGCUUAAAGGGACACUAUAGUCACCAGAACUAUAGCUUAAAGGGACACUAUAGUCACCAGAACUACAGCUUAAUGGGACAUUAUUGUCACCAAACAAAACUACAGCUUAAUGGGAAACUAUAGUCACCAAAACAACUACAGCUUAAAGGGACACUACAUUCACCAGAACUACAGCUUAAAGGGACACUAUAACCACCAAAACAACUACAGCUUAAAGGGACACUACAGUCACCAGAACUACAGCUUAAAGGGACACUAUAACCACUAAAACAACUACAGCUUAAAGGGACACUAUUGCCACCAAAACAACUACAAUUUAAAGGGACAUUAUAGUUACCAAAACAACUACCGCUUAAAGGGACACUAUAGUCACCAGAACUACAGCUUAAUGGGACACUAUAGUCCCCUGUUAAUCUACCGAAAGCCGCAUGAAGGCGCAACCACCGGGAAGCUGGCCUGUGCCUCCAAUUGAUCUCCCUGCAGCUAGCGUGUGCCGUCAAUUGACCACCCAGUAGCUGCGGUUAACCGCCACUUAAUUGUCUGUUCCCGGGUGGUCGCGGUUACACCUAGCUGCCACACGAUGGCGGUGUUCUGCAGUUUCCGGCACAACCAGCAGUGCUCAGCCCGGACUCAGUGAGCUGGAAGUGGACACUUUCACUCUCCAACACCGCUGAACCUCCAGCCUUCCUUGAUUCCCGCACCAGUUAUUCAACCGAACGCCGGCUUUCGGGACUUUGUAUUAUAUGAAUGAGGGUACCCAGAUAGCAUGCCAUGGAGCCUGUUCGUGUAAUUAAAGACUUUGGCUCCAUGGUAAUUAAACUGUAUUCGUGUGGUCUGAGCGCUAUUCUGUAUUAAUGUGUGCUCAGACCUGAGCUAUCUGAGUGUGACAAAAUGCCUUAUGUCACUGGAUUUUUAUAUGACCAAUUGUCCUUUGCUGUUGGAGGAGCCUGAUUGCCAGCCUCCCCCCUCAUGACUAUGACCCUGGGGUGUAUUGCCAUUUAAAAGGACUAUUUGGGGCUUAUUGGCUUCUAAAAGACUGUUUCUGCCCAUUUGAAUCCAUGGGAAGAUGUGUCUCUUCCCCUCGUCUGUUUCCUGUCCAUUGUUCUCCAGCAGGCACACUACCAGACCAGUUGGAACUGACUGCUUUUGUCCCUCCUCUGUCUCUCAUCAGCUCUUGCUGUGUUUUAACCCCAUGGCGAUUUGACUGUGGUUGUGGAUCUGAGCGCGGUUCGGAUAUAGUGAGCGCUCAGAUCCAAGCUAUCUGGGGAUAAGUGGGGGUUCUGUUAAGUAUAAUAGGAAUUAUGUGUUUUUACUGUUGUUGUGAAUAGAGCCAUUUUCUGUAUGAUGGAGGUAAUUGGCUUACCACACCCAAGCCAUGCUUGCAGAUGGUCACAAAGGGACUUUCAACUAACUUUUGACCCACUGGGCCAAUUUGUAUGAUUUUGAUGUAUGUUUGUCUUUGGAGUAUGUUGAUUCUGUGAAUGUGAUGUAUAGUUAUGAAUAUUGUGUAAAACUGUGUAUUUUCCUGCCUGUGAUAAUUAAGUAAGUUGUGUUCAGUAAUCAUAUCACAGGCAGAGGGGAGGAAUUUGUGUGGGAGUGUCUGUGUGUAUUGUACUGAUUGAUUGGUUGUAUUUCAAAACCCUGUGGGCAGUACUAAAUUUGUGGAUUGGGAAUAAAAGAGGCUGUAUGUGCCAGUACAGUCAGUUCUACUUCACCCUCAAUCUGAGUCCUGUCUCUUAUUGGGGGAAUCAGCUACAAGGGAUUGCUAUGCUCUGCAUAUUCCCUUGCUAUAAUCACUGAGCUCUUGUAAGAGUUUGUGGGGGGGGGUUGGGGUUUAGUAGAGGUGGCAGGGGUUUAGUAGAAGAGAAUGCUGUUGUUGUUGUUUUUUUUGUUUGUUUUUUUUAUUCUGUACUUUUCAAAAUAAAUAAAUAAAAGUUUCUGUGAUAAUGUAAGGUUUUUUUUGCGGCCCACAUAAACUUAAACCUUGUUUAUUUGGCCUAUGCUAGCCUUUGAGUUUGACAUGCUUUGCCUAACUGAACUUUUUGGCUGCCCAAUUGUAUCCAGGUUUGAUAAGUUAACACAAAAUAGCAGCACCUAUGUAGGUAGAAUCCUCAGACCUAUUGUGGAAUCUUUGCCAUCCUACAUCCAGGACAAUAAGCAGGCCUUAUAUCUCCUCUCAAAAUAUGCGGGUGCCUGGGGCAGCUCAUCUGUGUAGUCUGGAUAUUUAGUUAUUGUACUCUUCUUUUCCACACGAAAAGAGACUUCAACAUACACGAUCAUAGCCCAUCUCCCCAAGCACUAGCUGACACUUAGUGAAGGGGAGAACAACCACCUUGAUUGAAAAUAACAAAUCUAUUUAUACCACCACAGCCUCAAUUAAAUUCAAUAGAAUUACAGUGGUACACCUUAAGUUCUCCCUCAGGUCCUCCACCGUAACUCCAUUUCAAACAGCACAGUGCGCCCAAGUCCACCAAUAGCAGUAUGGACUUGGGAUAGUAACCAAUUACACUACAUAUCCCAAGCCAACCAAUAGCAGUAUGAACUUGGGAUAGAAACUGUGAUAGGCCCCGGCGUCUCGGGAAUUAAAGGUGUACCAGUUUAGGUCAGCUAUACUUUUUGGGUUUCUUUGCCUUACCUCCACUGCUAACUGCUCAACGAAGCCCCAAGGUUAUGUUUGCUUGGUAGCAGACUCACCGGCAACCCAGGAUAUACUGUGGUUGUAUAUUUCACCUGCUACAGAGUAUACUGAAUAGCUCGUUCCACUGGUAAACACAUGUUGAAUUGCCUUUAUUCUCUGGAUAUUUGUUAGGGCAUACAAUUGCAGCUGAGAUAAUAACUAAUAAAUAUACCAAAAUAACACGUUGCAUUUUGUCACAUUUCUCCCUCCCAGAAAACAGUUCUUCUGCCAGGCUGGGAUCCUACUACUUCUGGACAGUCCAUCAGCGCUGCCAUGUGACCAGUCCUUUCGAUAUUGUAAGUUAAAAUUAUACUGCUGGAGGGCCAGGCUCCAUCUCAGCAGUUUGCCAUUGUCACCCAUCACCCGGCUAGUAGUGUAGCUAGCACAGAGGAUUGUGAUCAGUUAUCACUGUAAACUUUAGAGAUAGGUCUGCAACUUUUUUAGCACCAAAACCACAUGAGGCACUCCUUCUCUAUGGCUGCGGAACUGACUUCACGAUCCAGUAGCUUACAGCUGAGAAAAGCUACUGGAUCAUCCCCAUUGUCAUCCACUUGACUGAGGAUGGUCCGAUGCUGUAGGUAGAGGCAUCAGUCUGCACGAUGAACUCUCUUACUGUGGUCUGGGGUGGAUAAUACUGCAUGGGAAAGUAACACUGCCUUUAGUUUCUCAGAGGCGGACUCACACUCUGGGGUCCAGCUGACCACGCAGGACACCUUUUUAUUUGACUUAGCUAUAGUGCUAUAGUUGAGACAAACUUCCUGUAGUGCCCCGUGUUUCCUAGGAGGCUUCUUGGUCUGAGGCGUGCUCCACUGCCUGAUGGCUUCUACCUUAGCAGGGUCUGGCUUCAUCUGCCCUCCUCCUACCCAGUGACCUGGGUAGCAACACUACACUUGUCCCGCUUAAUGGUCAGCCAUGCCUGCCCAAUCCUGUCUAGUACGGCCACCACUUGACGCACAUGAUCUUCCCAGGUGGUGCCAAAUAAGUGAUGUGAUCCAAGUAGGCACAAUCAAAUUCAGGGCACUUUUGGAGGAGCUGAUCAACUAGCCUCUGAAAGGUGGUGGGUGCAUUUUUCAUCCCGAAUGGCAUUACCAAAAACUGGUAAAGCCUAAACGGAGUGAUAAAUGCAGACUUCACCUUCGCCUCCUCUUCCAGGGGUGUUGGCCAGUACCUGAAAAAACUUGGUUCCAUAGUUCUUUGGUGGGUCAAAAAACAAGAACAAGCAUCGGAUAUACAUAAAGUGUUCCAAUGCACAAAGGAUUGUGUGGGUAACUUCAAAGGGGAUAACAGAUGACUAAAAAUAUUUGGUAGCACUAUGAAUAUAUAUUUAUAAUUUCCACAAUAAACUCCCUCUGCUUCAAAACCCUUAAGAGUAUACUGAGAUAUAAAAUAUGUAUCCCUCAAUAGUUAAAGAAGUGUAAUAUUGUAAAUGUUACUUAACACUCACUAUAAGGUUGGCCAAAGUCAGGGUAAUGAGACUAAAUGCUUUCGGAAUAGGCUCCCCAUACCAUUGAUUGCUGGAAAAUGCAUUAGAGUGUGAAAUAUACAAUUCUGUUGUCAUUAACUGUGGAACCCUUUGACACAGUGUAUCAACAUCGUGGAACUCACCCUUUGCCUCCUCCCCCCAAAAAUUACAAAAUGUUGCGCUGUUGCAUAAGCCUUUCAAUAAGCAGAGCAUUUUUUUUUUGCUAUCUAUACACACUCUAAUUUCUACAGAUAGUAAACAGAUUGUAAUACAGUACUUGGGAGCAGGUGUGCUCCUGUGUGUAGCGUUAACGUUUGUAUAUAAUUUUAGCAUUUUAAUACAGUUAUGUGUUUGUAUGUAAUGUUUGCAUUUGCGUGCAGAGGUGUGUUUGGAUGUAGUGUUGGAUUUUAAAUGCAGAUGUACAUUUGUGUGUAGUAUUGGUUGUAAUGGAUGGCAUUGGGCUGUCCUCAACGUUUGCUUUAAAAAGGUAUUUCGUGUGAUUAUUCCCCUGUAAUGAUGUAUUGUAUGUAGCAUUCACCUGAUUGUUCGGUAGUUUUCAGUCCGUGUUCCAUACGAACGAAAACUACCGAACCAUCAGACCACCCUAGAGAAAAGUGUGCACUUCGUUAGGCUUUCACACUCUGUAACCGCACGCUAAUUGACCAUACAAUCGGUACUUUGUAUACAUAUCUGGGUGGUCGCCAUUCGGCAUACGAACCGCGUGGCGGCUGCCAUCUAACGCAAGAAAAUCUCAGCGAUGUUUGGUCGUCGAGUGACUGGAACUCAAAUCGGACACUCAAUCACCCGAACACCCAUGAGACCUCCAGAGCUCCAUAACUCCCGAACGGAGGGGCCAACCAGCCCCUCGUUCAGUGAACUAAAUGUACCGAGUAAGGGAAUUCAUACCAAUACCGAUGGAACGUUGGAUGGCAAGUAAUUCUAUAUGUUUUAUCUCCCGAACAGAGACCGACCGCAAGGUCAAAACACAUGGAGCCCUUUUCGGAUACUACCUAGUGUGCGGUCGGUCAAAUUGCCUCUUCCACCUAACUCCCGAACCCCUGGUCCGAUCUGGGUGAAUUUUGAAUAUGUUGGUCACCCAGAUCAGGGCUACCAGGGGGUACCCCUUAUAUAAUUAUAUCUGACUGUUUUGGGGUACAUCCAGAAAUCGGGUAAAACAGCAGUAUGUAGAAGUGCAUUAUAUGUCACACUGAGGGGAGGAGAUGUGUGGGAGGUAACCAUUACACUAUUGGCUACUGUACAAAUUAAUGGGAAUCCCUCCCUUGCAUGGGAUUGUAUUACUUGUUCAUGAGCCUCACUGGGAUCUUUAGUGGAGAUAACCUGUGAAAUACCAGCUCUCCGCUACAUUGGUGUUUGAGUGUUUGUAUAUAAUUUUAGAGUUACAGUUCAGGGAUGUCUUUUUAUGUCAUGUUUGUGUUUGCAGGAGUGUGUGUUGUGUUGGUGUUUGAUUGGUGGGAUGUCUGUACAUGUACUGCCACAUACAUACUUACACAUUAACAAACAGAAACACACAAACACAUACACACACACACUGACACAGAUACACACAUCUUGGCACUUACAAACACAAAUGCACACCGGCGCAUACACACAGAUAUACACAACUUGACACACAGAUACACACACUGACACAUACACACACUGGUACACAGAUACACACUGUGUGUCAAGGUGUGUGUAUCUGUGUGCCUGUGUGUGUGGCACAGUGUAUUUGUGUGUCAAGUAUUGUGUGUGUGUGUGUAUAUGUGCCAGUGUGUAUCUGUGUUUGUAUGUGCCGGUGUGUGUCUGUAUGUCAAGGUGUCAGUGUUUGUUUAUCUGUGUGUCAGUGUGUAUCUGUGUGUGUUUAUGUAUGUGACACACAGAUACACACACAUAGUGGCACACACAUACUGACACAGAUAAACACAAGCACAUACACACACAGACACAGUGACACACACAGUGACACAUACACACACCUUGACACACAGAUACACAAACUGGCACACACACACACAGAUUCAAACACAUUGGCAGAUACACACACUGUGACAAACACUCCUUCCAUAGUACGUUUGCCACAGACUCCUGGAGGGGUGUAGAAGCCGGCCUCCUGCCCACCGGCUAUGGUCUAGGUCUGCAACACCGUUUAGGAGUCACUCUGCCCAGCCACCAUUAACAGCUUUCCCUGGGAGACCCUGGUUCGGCACUUUCCCUUCAUGCGAAUGGAACAAACGCUGUUUCUGUGGCGGCCAUUCGCAUGAAGGGAAAGUGCUCCCAAACGGUGUCCCAGACCUAGACCAUAGUAGGCUGUCUUCUACACCCCUCCAGGAGUCCGUGGAAAACGUACGUGGGAAGGAGCGUUUGUCACUGACACAGGUACACACACACACACACACAUAAACACAUACACCUGUUUAUAUUUGCUGUUCACUUAACUUUUUUCUUUAGUGCUGCAGGCUGCUGGCCUAGGAUGGUGUGCCAGCUGCUCACUCCCUGCUGCUCCCUCUCUCCCUUCUGCCAGCUUGUUCUGUCUGGGAGGAAGUGCUGUCACUUCCUCCUAGCAUCCCAUACAACAGGGGUCCGGACCGGAGAGGACCUCUGUUUAGCAAUACACAUUGGGUGGCCCUAAAUGCUUGGGCCACCCGAUGGGCAAUUUGCAGCGGAACUCCAAUUUUGUUCUCUCCGAAUUCUAGGGUUCCGCUGAACACCAAUUGGGAAUCACUGGUGUAGUGCAAUACUGUAUCAAAAUGCUAGCACUGUGAGGCUGGCCAGAGUCAGGGAUAUGCAACAGUUUAAUGUAUGGACAAAAAAUCUUCCAGUAUAGAAGGGAAAAGAAAACAACUGAUUAAAGCCAGGAGCCUCAAUCUUAUUCCUUAAGCAUUAGACAGUACUAAAGGUAGCCUUUAGAAUGGUGGAAAUCAGAGUGAUUUACAGAGUUCAAAAUAUUAUAAGAAAAGAACCCCCUUACACAGUAAAGUUAAGCCACAACAAAGAGGACUACAGGUCAGUGUGAUAAUUCUCAAUGACUAGUAGUAAAAUACAAUUGCUUCUAUUAAAAGGAACACUAUUGUCACCAAAACAACUUUACCUUAGUGAAGUAGUUUUGGUGUAUAGAUUAUGCCCUUGCAAUCUCACUGCUCAAUUCUCUUCCAUUUAGGCGUUAAAGGAACACUAUAGUCACCUAAAUUACUUUAGCUAAAUUAAGCAGUUUUAGUGUAUAGAUCAUUCCCCUGCAAUUUCACUGCUCAAUUCACCAUCAUUUAGGAGUUAAAUCACUUUGUUUCUGUUUAUGCAGCCCUAGCCACACCUCCCCUGGCUAUGAUUGACAGAGCCUGCAUGAAAAAAUAAAAACUGGUUUCACUUUCAAACAGAUGUAAUUUACCUUAAAUAAUUGUAUCUCAAUCUCUAAAUUGAACUUUAAUCACAUACAGGAGGCUCUUGCAGGGUCUAGCAAGCUAUUAACAUAGCACGGGAUAAGAAAAUCUUAAUUAAACAGAACUUGCAAUAAAGAAAGCCUAAAUAGGGCUCUCUUUACAGGAAGUGUUCAUGGAAGGCUGUGCAAGUCACAUGCAGGGAGGUGUGACUAGGGUUCAUAAACAAAGGGAUUUAACUCCUAAAUGGCAGAGGAUUGAGCAGUGAGGCUGCAGGGGCAUGUUCUAUACACCAAAACUGCUUCAUUAAGCUAAAGUUGUUCAGGUGACUAUAGUGUCCCUUUAAAUAACUUUUGUUUCUGUUUAUGCAGCCAUAGCCACACCUCCAAUGGCUGUGACUGACUGACACAGUCAGCAUGAAAACAAAAUGGUUUCAUUUUCAAUCAGGUGUAACUUACUUUAAACAUUUUUAUCUCCUGCUCUGUAAAUUGAACUUUAAUGACACAUAAGGUCCCUGCAGGGUCUAGCAAGCUAUAAACAGUGCAGGAGAUAAGAAAUUUUAAAUUAAACAGGCUGUGCAAUAAAAGAAAUGUAAACAUUAGAUGACUCUUUACAGGAAGUGUUUAUGGAAAGCUGUGUAAGUCACAUGCAGGGAGGUAUGACUAGGGUUCAUAAACAAUUUAACUCCUAAAUGGCAGAGAUUUAAUCAGUGAGACUGCAGGGACAUGAUCUAUACACCAAAACUGCUUCAUGAAGCUACAGUUAUUUUGGUGACUACAGUGUCCCUUUAAGGUUUAGGUCAUAAUGCUUAAUUAGAGAAUUCAGAAAGAUCCUGGUUCUGCUGGUAAAAGAAGAAACCAGAAUAAGGUGAAUCUCUGAUUUAACAAAGUGUAUCAAUAUUGUUGCAGGUAUAUAUCUCACAUACAAGUAAAAGGGAAGGUUCUUGGUGCAACACCCAAUGGAUACAACCACCGGCGUUAUAAUUGUAAGUUUUAUUAAUUGUUUCACAGUUAUCUUAAACUCAGUCACACAUGCUGCCACGCACAUUAGGGAAAGAUAGUCUAUAAACAGUCUGAGAAUCCCAGUGAGGGCAUUUAUUGACACAGAGGAGGGAGAAUAUAUCUCCCUAUUUAGUAAACCUCCACCUUACUGCUUGCUUCAAGGCACUCCCCGAGAAGAAUAUAUAACUAUGCUGCGAAGGCUUCUAUCUGGAUAUCAGUAAUUUAAAAACAAUAAAUAGGUCAAGCUGACCGCUCAAUGCGUGUUUCGGUGCUGCAAGAGCCAAGGCCAGCAUUGAUACUGCAUGAACUUUUGAAUGGGACUACUCUAUCCCUCUAUGACGUUGUGCGGCCAAUAAACUGCUGCAACGUCAUAGGGGUACCUUCAGAUGGCGUAGCUGUGUGGCACAUGAUAUUAAGCGUGAUUCUAAAUCAAUACACGAUAAACAGUUGUAUAAGAUAAAAAUAAUUUUAUUAAGACACGGAGGCUCCUAUUAUGCUGCACUCUUUCUUUAUUUUCCCUCAGCAGCAAAGAUAAACUUUCUAACAUAGCCAGUAGUAACAGUAAACAGUCUGAGGUGAGUAUCGUCUUAGAAACAGCAACAGCCAAUCGGAUUCCGCUCUCCAGCAUAAUAGGCUCUGUCAACCAUCCAAUCCCUCUUUCUUUGCUGCUCCCUCAGUUAAGUAACAUCAGGUCCCAGGGUUUCUUAACUGUGGGAUUGUUUUUCUUUUACAUGUUAUAUUACUGUGAUUUUCAGUUUGUGUUAUUUAAUACUAUUAUACUAUCUAAAUUAUUCCUAUUUAAUUAUGUGCUUACAUAUCUGCCUGUUUUUUUAACAGUUUUUAUAUAUAUAUACUUCUUAUUAUUGUAUUUGCUCUUUUUUUUGUUCCCUUCUUGGUUCCCUUGACCCCAUGAGACCAGUACGAUUAACUGAGCUCAGGGACGUCUGCAGGAACCGCUGAUACCUGUCACGGCGCUUUCGCGCCUUUUUCCUACCUGUUAUCCGUCCGACCGCCAUCUUGCUGCAGUCGAGCAUGCGCGCUUUCCUCUGUGCACCCAUUCGUCUGUCUCCAUACUAAGGAUUAGAUACCCUCAUUCGGGUGUUUUUGCACAAACUCUCUGGGAACCAUGCGUUCCCUUUCACGAACCCCUAAUUCGGCAGUUUAGUUUGGAUAAUUCAGUGAAUGCAAGGGGUUCGUCUACGCGAACACUCCUGUUCCCUUCCCUUUUGGGAAUUUUGCCGCUCACGGCCGCCAUUUUUAUUGCCUUUCCCGCGUCCUGAAGCUAGCACUGCCCCCCACAGACUGGAACUCAGAGUUGGGGGUUAGUGCUAGAGGCGGUCGGACGGCUCUCUGUUCCUUCUCCUAUCAUUAAUGAUUAUUUGUGAGUAAUAAUAAUAAUAAGAAUAUUAAUAAUAUUAAAGGACCACUAUAGUGCCAGGAAAACAUACUCGUUUUCCUGGCACUAUAAUGCCCUGAGGGUGCACCCACCCUCAGGGUCCCCCUCCCGCCGGGCUCUGGGGAGAGGAAGGGGUUAAACACUUACCUUUCUCCAGCGCCGGGUGGGGAGUUCUCCUCCUCCCCUUCGGCUGAAUGCGCAUGCGCGGCAAGAGCUGAGCGCGCAUUCAGCCGGUCUCAUAGGAAAGCAUUCAUAAUGCUUUCCUAUGGACGCUUGCGUCUUCUCACUGUGAUUUUCACAGUGAGAAUCACGCAAGCGCCUCUAGCGGCUGUCAAUGAGACAGCCACUAGAGGCUCUGGAGGCUGGAUUAACCCUCAGUAUAAACAUAGCAGUUUUUCUGAAACUGCUAUGUUUAUAAAAAAAAGGUUAAUCCUAGAGGGACCUGGCACCCAGACCACCACUUCAUUAAGCUGAAGUGGUCUGGGUGCCUAGAGUGGUCCUUUAAAUUUUGUUCUAUACUUUGGAUUCCCUCCUUUGGGUCACUCAACCCUCCUCCACAGGUUUUGUUCCCCACAGGUUUUUUUUGUUUUUUUUUUGUUCUCUUAUUACUAGGACAUAAUCCUGUCAGUCAAUAGCAUACUUGUUAUGCCUUCUGACAAAGAUGCUCCCACACCCUCUGGGUCUAAUAACCCCAACCAAAGUGGUUUUAAGGCACCUUCAGGUGUGUCUGAUAAUGCAGUGGGUUCCCCCGCUGAGCUUGAUACCUCUGCUGAUAUGUAGACCCUGAUAGAUAACACUAUGUCACAGGCUAUGACUAAAGCCUUUAUGUCGGCCAUGGGACUAAUGUCUGACUCGAUAUCACAGACGUUUACGCAUGCCCUGAUUCAGGCACAAAAAUCAUCUCAACCGACUCUUGCCCAGGUCUUGCCUGUCACGACCCCUAUGCAACCUCAGGCUGGCCGCAAGGCCUUGGCAAAGGUAAAACAUUCCUCAAUGUCACAGAUGGACAGCCAUACACCUGUCACAGAUGGCGCGACUACUCUGCCACCGCGCAAAAGAGCCACUAGCCAGGCAAAAUCGGCUAAAUUAUGGAAAAGGGCAAAAGCCCAAGUAGAUUCUGAGUCGGAUCUCAGCGAUAUUGAGGAGGAGGCUUAUAUGGAUUCGGAAGAUAUGUCGGAUCCCGAAUCAGAUAGCCCGGUCGAAGAAUACAACCACUCUCGAGACUUUAAUCCGCUUCAGUCGGAUAUACAUAUUGUGGAGCAUAAGGCCCAAGGGGACACGGAUAAGAUUUUGGACCACCAUGGGGAACCUCUAUUUGACCCCGAGGAACUACGCCACCCAGGUUGGUGGAGUGGUCCCCCUCAGAACAUGUGGCCAGGUAUUUAUUCCGUGUCUUGCCUUUAGGUAAGGCGACAUGGAAUAAACUACGGGCAGAAUGCCCACGGUUCCAGAUGAUGCCUGCAGUUGACCCAAAAAUUACCCAAUUCUUGGGAAAGACAAGAAUUAAAAGGCCUACACUAAAGGCCUAGACUUUUCCCUGCGCAACUGCCAGGAUAAAGUCUUAGACAUCUUUGGCCCAGCAACCAAGAUACUUGAAGUGGUCCAAGACGGCCAAGAGCUAGAUCGUGCCUCUAUAAAUUGAUGGAUCCAACAGGUUAUUUGCUUGAUUGGCAAUGCCAACACGGCGAUGGCCACAGAGCAACGCGAGGCAAUAUUGUUAAAAAUAGAACCGAAACUGGUUUAAUAUGGCUCUGAAUGAGCCGGGCGACAAAGGUCUCCUAUUCGGAGACAAUUUUGUCAAGGAGUUAGGCUCCUUUGUACACACAUAUACUACCCUAGACAAAGCGCAAUCAAACAUGCGCAAGAUGUUUCAUCCCAAGGUGUUUGGGGCCGGAAGAGCAAGGAGCCGUCUGUCCGGCCGUGUUAACAGGAGUUAAUUUAGACAGAACCGAGGCUCCUAUACAGGACGAGCUAGUUUCACAGAACACUGCAACGCUCCGGCGUUCUUUCCACAAUGUGGGCAACCGUGGGGUGCUCGUGGACCACGAAACGCUCACUCAGGACGGCGACCUUAUGAUAAGUCCUCUUGAUUUUCAUUCUUCCCUAUGGGCAGUGGGGGACAUGAUUCCGACAUUUUUUCCAUACUUGGUCCCACAUUUCAUCAGAUGCCUGGGUAUUAAACACUGUAAAAGGGUAUACCAUAGAUUUCCUGUCCCUACCAGUACAAUACUCCCCACCGCGGGAAAUAUCUUUUUCCCUACAAGACAAAAUCCUUGUCACCAAGGAAGUCUCUGAUUUGAAACGCAAACAAGCCAUCUCAGAAAUCCCUAUGGCCACACCAGGCUAUGUGAGGAACCUGUUCCUGGUUGCCAAGAAAGGCGGAGGUGUCCGUCCAGUGAUCAAUUUGAAACAACUCAACACUUACAUCUCCUACAACCACUUCAAGAUGGAAGGAAACAUUGCCUAAGAGAUCUUCUCCAACCAUCAGACUGGAUGGUGAAGUUAGAUCUAAAAGACGCUUAUCUUACAAUGCUGAUUACCCCGCAACACCAAGACUUCCUGCAAUUCAUAUGGCAAGGAAGGAAGUAGAGAUUCACUUGCCUCCCAUUCGGACUAUCCUCAGCCCCGUGGUGCUUCACCAAACUCAUGAAGCCCGUGAUAGCUCUAUUGCGGAGUCGAGAAGUACGUUUCAUAAUUUACCUGGAUGACAUCCUCAUCAUGGGUCAGUCCACCCAACUUGCCAAAACCCAUCUGAACUGGACUCAGACUCUAUUACAGAAAUUAGGCUUCCUCAUCAAUUGGGAAAAAUCCAUUUUGGCUCCCACACAACGCAUAGAGUUCUUGGGUCUCAUCGUGGACUCCACGUUUCAGACCCUACAUCUACCAAUGACGAAACUGAACAAUCUAAAAAAGGAAAUCAAACGCACUCUGGCGACUCCCCAGCUUACCCUCAAACAGUUGGCGAGAGGGAUUGGUCUCCUGGCGGCCUCCAUACAAGCCAUCUUUACGGGCCCUCUCCAUUACCGAGCAUUACAACAUCUACAAGCUUCCCACUUGAGAAAUGGGGUCUUCUACACAGAUAUGAUCACUCUGAACUCGGAAGCGAAAGACGAACUGACAUGGUGGCUUUCCCAUGUGGAAGCCUGGAAUGGUCGCGCCAUUUUCGGCACCACACCAGAUCUUGUAAUAGAAUCCGACGCGAUCUGGUGGCAGAUGGUCCGACAGUGAAUCUACACUCCACAUAAAUUGCCUGGAACUCCUGGCAGGAUCCUUUGCGAUCCACAGCUUCUCACCAACUCAAGCACAAUGCUCUAUCCUUCUGAAGAUGGACAAUAUAUAUCGGCAGUCCGAUAUAUCAACCAUCUAGGGGACACGAAAUCGAAGGUCCUGGCGAACAUGGCACAAGAUUUUAGGCAGUUCUGCCUGACUCGGGGCAUUUUUGUCACAGCGGAAUAUAUUCCGGGGCUCUGCAACACCACGGCAGAUUGGUAUUUACAACACCUCUGGGAUCCCAGCGAUUGGCAACUGGAUCCCAGGGUCUUCCGAGAUAUCCAGUCGUUAUAGGGCCCCGUGGAAAAAAAUAUUUUCGCCUCCCGCUUGAAUACUCAACUUCCCAGAUUUUUCAGCUGGAGACCAGACCCAGCAGCACUGGCAACAGAUGUGUUCACCCAAGAUUGGUCGUCCACAAGGAAUUAUGCCUUUCCACCGUUCGCACUGAUUCCCCGCUGCCUACUGCAGUUACGACGACAGACGGGAACCCUGGUGUUUGUGGCACCGUUAUGGCCCUCCCAACCAUGGUUUCCCCCCCCCCCCUCUUAGAGAUGACGAUAGACAUACCUCGCAUUCUCCCGCACUUCGAGUACCUGCUUCAGGACCCGGACGGAUCUCCUCACCCCCGGUACGACAAGGCCUACUGCAUCUAUCAGUGUGGUUAAUUUCAGGGGACCUUGGGCAAUCGAGGGAGUUUCGGAAUCAACUCUCCACCUUCUCGAGAGCGCAUGUGCGCCCGGCACGAGACAGGUUUAUACAGGGAGUGCAGAAUUAUUAGGCAAAUGAGUAUUUUGACCACAUCAUCCUCUUUAUGCAUGUUGUCUUACUCCAAGCUGUAUAGGCUCGAAAGCCUACUACCAAUUAAGCAUAUUAGGUGAUGUGCAUCUCUGUAAUGAGAAGGGGUGUGGUCUAAUGACAUCAACACCCUAUAUCAGGUGUGCAUAAUUAUUAGGCAACUUCAUUUCCUUUGGCAAAAUAGGUCAAAAGAAGGACUUGACAGGCUCAGAAAAGUAAAAAAUAGUGAGAUAUCUUGCAGAGGGAUGCAGCACUCUUAAAAUUGCAAAGCUUCUGAAGCGUGAUCAUCGAACAAUCAAGCGUUUCAUUCAAAAUAGUCAACAGGGUCGCAAGAAGCGUGUGGAAAAACCAAGGCGCAAAAUAACUGCCCAUGAACUGAGAAAAGUCAAGCGUGCAGCUGCCACGAUGCCACUUGCCACCAGUUUGGCCAUAUUUCAGAGCUGCAACAUCACUGGAGUGCCCAAAAGCACAAGGUGUGCAAUACUCAGAGACAUGGCCAAGGUAAGAAAGGCUGAAAGACGACCACCACUGAACAAGACACACAAGCUGAAACGUCAAGACUGGGCCAAGAAAUAUCUCAAGACUGAUUUUUCUAAGGUUUUAUGGACUGAUGAAAUGAGAGUGAGUCUUGAUGGGCCAGAUGGAUGGGCCCGUGGCUGGAUUGGUAAAGGGCAGAGAGCUCCAGUCCGACUCAGACGCCAGCAAGGUGGAGGUGGAGUACUGGUUUGGGCUGGUAUCAUCAAAGAUGAGCUUGUGGGGCCUUUUCGGGUUGAGGAUGGAGUCAAGCUCAACUCCCAGUCCUACUGCCAGUUCCUGGAAGACACCUUCUUCAAGCAGUGGUACAGGAAGAAGUCUGCAUCCUUCAAGAAAAACAUGAUUUUCAUGCAGGACAAUGCUCCAUCACACGCGUCCAAGUACUCCACAGCGUGGCUGGCAAGAAAGGGUAUAAAAGAAGGAAAUCUAAUGACAUGGCCUCCUUGUUCACCUGAUCUGAACCCCAUUGAGAACCUGUGGUCCAUCAUCAAAUGUGAGAUUUACAAGGAGGGAAAACAGUACACCUCUCUGAACAGUGUCUGGGAGGCUGUGGUUGCUGCUGCACGCAAUGUUGAUGGUGAACAGAUCAAAACACUGACAGAAUCCAUGGAUGGCAGGCUUUUGAGUGUCCUUGCAAAGAAAGGUGGCUAUAUUGGUCACUGAUUUGUUUUUGUUUUGUUUUUGAAUGUCAGAAAUAUAUAUUUGUGAAUGUUGAGAUGUUAUAUUGGUUUCACUGGUAAUAAUAAAUAAUUGAAAUGGGUAUAUAUUUGUUUUUUGUUAAGUUGCCUAAUAAUUAUGCACAGUAAUAGUCACCUGCACACACAGAUAUCCCCCUAACAUAGCUAAAACUAAAAACAAACUAAAAACUACUUCCAAAAAUAUUCAGCUUUGAUAUUAAUGAGUUUUUUGGGUUCAUUGAGAACAUGGUUGUUGUUCAAUAAUAAAAUUAAUCCUCAAAAAUACAACUUGCCUAAUAAUUCUGCACUCCCUGUAUGUCUUCAUGUAGCAGAUGGCGUGAUUGGUGCCUGGAGCGAGAUUUGGAUCCCAUAUCAGCUCCUUUGACUGUAAUUCUCCAAUUCCUAACUUCAUUGUUUAAGGACGGCAAAGCCUGUACCGAUCGGCCAUUUCGGCUUUACACCAAGGGAUAGAUGGAGCCCCGAUAGGACGUCACCCGCUGAUAUGUAGAAUCCUACGUGGCAUCAAAUUUGCACGUCCCCCCACUACAACGAUACUCAGUAUUAUGGGACGUGUCCAUCAUCCUCAAUUUCCUUGAAUCAUGGCCAGACAACGCAUUCCUAUCCCUGAAACAACUGUCCGCCAAGCUGGCUAUACUCCUCUGCCUCAUAUGCUGCAAGAGGGUCUCCGAUGUCAGAGCCCUGGACAUUAGCACACGCUCCUACACCCCAGAAGGGGUUGCUUUAGAUAUAUCUUGCAGAACGAAGACGUCUUCAAAGAAAGUGUCAUACCCAGCGUUCCCUGACAGGCCGCUUUUAUGCCUGGUCAAAUGCUUACAAACUUAUGAACUUCGCACCUCCACACUAUGAGACAUGACGAAACACAAACUCUUCGUGUCCUUCCAAAAACCACACCUACCAGUGUCUACUCCUACUCUGGCUCGAUGAGUUAAAUGGAUUAUGUCCCUAGCGGGCAUUGACACCUCACUAUUCUCAACUCACUCAAUACAAGGAGCGAUGGCUUCCAUGGCCUCCUCGAUUGGUUGUCGUCUUGAAGACAUUUUGAAGGUGGCUGAUUGUUCCUCAGAAUCUACCUUUCGUGACUUUUACUUUAAACCCAUUCAACACUUCGCGGGAACGGUUAUACAUCAGAGCUUUAAACCAGCAUAAUAGGAGCCUCCGUGUCUUAAUAAAAUUCACAGAUUUUACUAUUAACAUGACGUAAAGUCAUGAUUUUAUUAACGACACGGAGGCGAGUAUUAUCCCUCCCGCCCAUCCCAUGGAAGGAUGGAAUAUGGGUAAGUUGAUUUCACGGUAAGUCCUAGUAGUUAUGGAAUUUUCUGCAGGUUACGCUUGUCAAUAAUUCACUUAACCACAAUGGCUUAGGAGAAUUAAAAUUGUAUUAUGACGAUUACGAUUUAUGCGUACACCCAGUUUGGUACUAGGAUAUUACCAUAUUUCUCCUUGUUUUACAGCCUAACCUACUUCAGAUCGUUGGGGAUACCUCUUGUUACACGGUCUCUUUUUCUUUCGGUUGGAUGAUUAUACUGCUUCGGGAUCGCAAAUAAAGAGGAAUUGGAUUGGUUGACAGAGCCUAUUAUGCUGGAGAGCGGAAUCCGAUUGGCUGUUCCUGUUGCUAAGAAGAUACACACCUCAGACUGUUUACUGUUACUACUGGUUAUGUUAGAAAGUUUUUCUUUGCUGCUGAGGGAAAAUAAAGAAAGAGUGCAGCAUAAUACUCGCCUCCGUGUUGUUAAUAAAAUCAUGACUUUAUGGCAUGUUAAUAGUAAAAUCUGUGAAAUUAACAGCUGUAUGGCAGGACUGGUGUACCUCCUUACAUGCAAGUGUGGUCUCAAAGACGUAGAUAACACGUUCUAUCCCUUUAAGGAAUGCAUUUAUGAGCAUGUAAGAUCCACUAAAGUACAGUUGAGACCCCAAUAUCUAGGUGUGGCAGAACCAGCCUCGCCACUGGGCAUUGGAGAAGACUGAUUGCCAGCCUCCUGCCAUGUAACUAUGGCCCCCGGGAUGUAUUGCCUGCUCUCCUGUACUGAUGAGGUUUGCUACCAACUAGGUGGAUUUGGCUAUGGAGCUUGUCUAGUGCCCUCUGUUGGUAGCAACAGCAAUAUGCACUACCUGAAUAGCAAGACUGACUCAUUUGCAUAUUCAUGCAGGAGAGACAUUUUGUGUUAAUUAUAGUCUUUCCCGCCCAUUUAUAAAUAUGUAAUUAUGUUAUAAUAAGUCACUGUAUGUUGCCUGCUAUGAUUUGACUGUUUGUAAUUUUAUUGAGUUAUCACAGCAAUGUUAAUGUAAUGACCAUAUAGGCUAGUCCCAAGUAAAAUAAAGUUUUAGACAGUUCUUCUUUACCCUUCAAAAUGUAGACUUGUCUCGUUAUUGGAGGAAACUGCUAUAAUCACACUGGGUAUUGCUAUGCUCUGCAUACUCCCUUUGAGCUUGUUCCUGAUAAUCUUCCCUGGAAGAGAGAUCUUCCCCACACAGUCCUGAAGAACAGAAGCUGAUCCAGGCUGGACAGAAGACGGCGAGACUCCAGUUAAGCUACGGCAGUUGUGCAGUCUGCGGUGCUUGUGGUCCUUGGGAGUUCCGUUACAGUCACGAGACAAGACUACGUGUUGAGGGUCAAGGAAAACUGUCUAAAACUUUAUUUUACUUGGGACUAGCCCAUAUGGUCAUUACAUUAACAUUGCUGUGAAAACUCAAUAAAAUUACAAACAGUCAAAUCAUAGCAGGCAACAUAUAGUGACUUAUUAUAACACAAUGGCAUAUUUUUAAAGAGGUGGGGGAGACCAUAAUUAACAGAAAAUAUCUCACGUGUCUGCAGAAUUAGCAAUAUGCAAAUCUACCCGAAUAUGCACAUGAGCCAGUCUUGCUAUUCAGGUAGUGCAUAUUGCUGUUGCUACCAACAGAGGGCACUAGACAAGCUCCAUAGCCAAAUCCACCUAGUUGGUAGCAAUCCUCAGCAGUACAGGAGAGCAGGCAAUAUAUCCCAGGGGCCAUAGUCACAUGGCAGGAGGCUGGCAAUCAGUCUUCUCCAAUGCCCAGUGGCGAGGCUGGUUCCGCCACACUAGGCAUCUGAUUUGUUACCAUUCUGGAAAUCCCAAGGGAGUACUUUUUUGUGGCCUGGAACUGGUUAAGAGGUGGGGACUAUGAUAAAUUCCUUAGGCACCGUGAAUGCUUUUGGAUUUACAAGUUGAAAACACCUUACCCAAGGGGACUAAAUGAAGAAUUUUCAUAUUCCUCAUUUAUUUAGUUGUUACUUUGGACACUGGGCACAUUGAAAUGGAUAACUGGGUUUGAUUUUACAGUUACAUAGGCGGAAAAGAGCCUUUCUCACAUUUGGUUUUUAUUGCUAUUGAUCCAAAAGAAGGGAAAAAACCCAGUGUGAACCGCGGCACUUUACAAUAUUAUGAAAGGGGAAUUACAAUCCAUGAGAUUAUAAAUUUAAAAAGGAGCCAAACAACUGUGUGAUAAUAAAUGGCUUCAUAUGAUCACUAUCCUUCAAUAAAAAAUAAAAACAUUUUUGCACAAUCAGCCCUAUUUUUAAAAUCAAUGACAAAAUGUCACUAUUUCUGCCAGGGUAUGCAGACUUUUAAGCACAACUGUAGAACAAUUUAUAGAUUGCAGUAUUUUAUAUUCAUUUGUCUUUUAAUUGUCAUAAAUGGUCUCUUUCUGAGAGAUGUUUCUUGUUGAGUCCCACGCUUCAUCCUUAGAUAAUGUCUUUGCUCAUUCCUUGGCCGCGGCAGCUAAUCGGUGCGCAUAAUGUAUUGUUUCAGAUAUUUUUACCACCAUCCUCUGAUCUGAGCCAGUCCAUGUAGUGGUGUGCGGGGCAGAGAUUUCAUUGAGUAACAAUGUUACAAACCAAUUUUAACUGUAUGUAUUUAUCAUGUUAGAUCAUUUCAUGUCGUUUUCUUGGUCUGUUACAGAUUUAUUGUAUUCCGUUGGAAGAUGA